GAGGCAACAACUCUGGGAAAUCCUUCAAAGUUGUUGUAAAACCAUUUUGGGUGAAGCUCAUCAAAAGAAUGCCAAGAAUGGAAUAAUCAGAGCAAAGGGUGGCUAUUUUGAAGAAUAUCAAAGAUCAUUUUAGUUAUUUCACCUUUUUUUGGAUAACUCUACAUGUUAGUUUUUAUGCAUCAGUGAGAAUCUUCAUGAAUAUUAAAAAAAAGCAUUGAAUGAUCAAACUUUUGGUUUGUACUGUUUGUCCUCCGUCAUUAGAAAAAUGCCAUAAGAACAUGUCAUUUUCAUGAGUCAAUCUUUAAAUAUUGCAUUUUUUUUUUAGUUAGAGAAGAAACAAAUAAUCUAUGUAAAUGCACAGUGGUAGUAGUAUGUUAAUUUGGGGGUUUCCUAAUCUGGUUUUGCACAAUUUGUGGUUGCUGAGAAAGAAAAAAAAGAAACAACAUAAAACAUUUUAUAGUGAACACAUAAGCUUAAAAAUUAAAAUCUACAAUUCACUUUUUUUGUUUAAGCUAACAGUUUCUCUCCAUUUAAGCGCUUGGAAUUUGGUUUUGGUUUCGACUUUAUUUUUGUUAAGUACUGAAGAUAAAAAGAGUACAAAUCUAUACUUGGAAAAAGAAACACAUGAAGUAAUGUGUGGCUACUGUAUUCUACAUUUACGCCUCGGCUAUUUCAAUGUGACAUCCUGGUUGUGAGCACGAGUCUUCUGGUUUCUCCGUGGUUUCACGAAAGUUAAUCAUUAGCGGACGCAUAUUUAUUCCUGUCCAAUCUCACCAACAAACAGACCAGAGGAAACCAUAAAAAGACAAUGAAGAAUGAGCGAGGAGACAAAGCCCUGAGUCAAAGUGAAAGUCUGCACAUACAUGUUCGUCGAGCUACACAACUGCAGUGUUUUUCUCUUUUGUCGAGCAUCACUAUGACACAGCUUGUGACACACACACACACACGCACGCAUAGCGGCGCUUUGACUGGGAGGAUGAAAGACGAAAAGGCCAACUGUAAGAACGACACCCUGUCUUCUCCUCCCCUUUUCUCACACAUCUACCUAGAGACAGACCAUACACACUUCACUGCCGCUGACACGACUUACCCGGUAAUGACAACUUAGCAGGCUCUCUAGCAGCAGCAGGCAUCAUGGAGGACUGCUCAUCCCCGACGCCCUUCUCCAACCUCCAGCACCACCGUCACCUGCCCCCCUUUCCUCUCACCUUAGCCGGCUGCCAAAGCUCAGACGCGGGCUACCCGGCCUCCCAGCCCGGCCCGGAUUCUCUGGAGGAGUACAGAAGUAAAGGGGAAGAACCCACGGCCUCGUUCUUGCCCUCAAACAGCCCGUCUGUGCUGAGGAAGGGAAGCGACAGAGCCUUCCUCAGCACCAGUGUAGGCAGCUUGAAUGGAGAUGCCAGUUUAGGAGAACCCUUUGAAGGGGACGACAGGCUGAGCAGUAGUUUGGUGGACUCCUGGUUUGGUAAAAAGGAAGUGUGGGAGGGCAGGGAGAGCUUUGAAAGGGCAGCUGAGGAUUUUAAUGAGAGGAGUGAUUGCUACAGGAACACAAAUGAUGCCUUUUACACGCUGAGCUGCUCCUCUGAAGACAGCGACAGAUUCAGGAUCAGAGCAAACUAUGACAACUAUGGCAGUGAGACAGGUGACGAACGGGAGGCUAACAUGAGUGUGUUCACAAAACAGACGGCGUCCUUCAGAAGAAGCACAGGAGGCUUCAACGACAAGUAUUGUCGGGAGGAUUCAAGAGUGAGUGAUAGUUAUCUGGGAGGGGAGGAUGAUUUUGGGUCCAGCUGUGGGUCAGGCGAAGAUCAGUUUCACCCCGCAGACGCUGAUGGGCCUUGGCUUAGCAUGUCCCCCUCAAGUCAUGCAGAAGAGAAGUGGAGCGUGACUCCACACAGAUCUGCUGGUGUCAGCAGCAGGGCCUUCACCCAGAAACUGGACUCUUUCUCCAAGGCCUUCCUCUCCCAAGGAAAGAGAAGAUUCCCCACGCACGCAGGACGGAACUGGGAGUUCGGAAUAGGGAGAGGGGAAACUUCUGGAUCAGUCAAGCCAAGACAAAGUUGUGCUUUCGACUCAGACACCUACCAGCCCCCUUCCACGUCGCCCUCUUACUCCUCUCUCCCAUCGUACCCGUCUCCUCCCACGUCGUCUCACCUCAUGUGUUCGGUUCUGAGUCCUCCUCCCACUCCUCUGCCGCCUCCUUCUCUCUCACCCUCCAAAAUGGACUCCCCCAGCGCACAGGGAGUCGGUGGACCCCCCCAGGGAGGAGACUCUCUGGGUGGACUUCAGUUCUUCCCAUCCCGCGUUCACUCUCUGCCCUCAGGCCAGUCUGGGAUGAUCUGGAAGUCUCCGCUGUUGUCCUGCUUUCCACAGAUGUCAGGCGACCCCGACUGCGGCCUCAAGUCCUACAACGAAGAGGACAGCAGGAACCCAACAGCCACAUGUGACACCCCUCAUGUCCGCGAGUCGACGUCCCUCACCCCUUCCUCCCAUCUGUUGUCCCCCUCCUCCAAAGCGUCCCACCUCACCGGCAGUCCAUCCCUGUUUCCUUCCUCUCAUCUUCCUCUCGGUUUAUCCCUCCUCUCUGCAAAGCAUCUCCAAGUAGCAGAGAAGACAGCAUCUGUCAAACUGAGCCAGGAAGCCACAAGUCUGAAGCAACCACACUUACAGGCCACUCCAAACUACACUGGAGCUCCAUUUCCAAGUAACCUUCACCCCAAAAGGUCCCAAAAAAGGGGUCGCUACACUCCUCGACCUCGCCUCAACCCACUCCGCAGGGGCACAGGGCUCUACUCCUCCCUCCCGUCUCUCCAUCACACGAAGGAUGAAGGAGCACCUGAGGAAGAGGAGGAGGAAGACGGCGAGGCGUGGGAUGAGUUACCACGCAUCAACGUGGGCCCUGACUUCCAGGCAGAUCUUCCUCCAUGCCACGUGGAUGCUGAACUGUCCGGCAUGUGGCUGCUGGAGGACGCCCCGCCCCGGGAACAGUUGCUGUGGCAACCGUGGGAUGAGUUACAAGAGAGCAUGCACCUACAAGACCAAGUGGAGAAGCUGUUGUCAGUGUGUAGUUCCAGCUGUCUACCAGGAGGGGGCAGUAACACAGAGCUGGCUCUGCACUGUCUGCACUUUUGUCAGGGCAACACAAUGGCCACUCUGGAGAUGCUGCUGUUCUCACAGCACUCACCAACAGGAGACUACCACUAUUCAGGUUGUGAUUUUUGGACCGAAACAGAGAAGAGUCUCUUCGCUGCAGCUCUCGAGACGUACGGAAAGGACUUUGCACGCAUAGAAAAGACGGUGAGGACUAAGACUGUGGCUCAGUGCGUCGAGUUUUACUACCUCGGGAAAAAGCUUGUGGAAAAGCAGACGAAGCAGAAGGAGGCUGAGUGCAGAGAUGCAGAAGUAGAGCUUCAAAAAAGUGUGACGCCCAUUUCUCAGCCAGCGAACAGGCAGUUUUCUCUGGAGGAGGUUGUUCCCAUCCCCUCACUGGCCAGCUUCUUUCCCUGCAAGCUGUGCGGAAAGAUGUUUUAUAAAAUCAAGUCCCGUAACGCUCACAUGAAGAUCCACCGCCAACCUCAAGAGGACUGGACCGACCGGCGGCUUCAGCACGAGAUCCUCACCCAGCGUCUGGCUCUCAGCCGCUCCGCCAGCCUCAUGCCCACUCCAGGAGCCAGUCUGAUCCCAUCCCAGGGUGCAACCCUGACCUUUUCCUCCUCUGGCCUUGUGUCAAGCAGAAAGAAAUCAGAAAAUCUCCACAACUCUGUAACCAAUAGCAACCCCAUCGCCUCUGGCAACGCCAGCAUCCCCGUUCCCAGCACUCCCGCCAAUUACACCAGCAUUGCUCCUUCAAACUCCCACAUAAUCACCAUCAACAAUAUUGAUAGCAGUGACCCAAACCGAAGGGAGGCGACCGGCUUCUUACCGUUCCACCAGUCAUGGAGCUCCUUCGGGCACCUUCCAGACCUUUCCACCUUCUACUGCAUCCCAGAGGGAAAGGACGACUUGGGAGCAGCAGCAGUGGAGACAAAGGAGCCAGUCAGCUGGCAGUAGCAUCCCACUUCCUAGGAAGCAUUAGUCACACAGGUCUGAUGCAGGAACUAUGUUUCAAACUCUUUUUUUAAUCAAACUUCAUCUUUUGCAAACUUUUUUUGUUACAUGAGCAGAUAGUAUGUUGCGUUUUGCUGUAAAUUUUGUACCUAUAUGUUUCUGAUAUUUAAAUGUUUAUUCGACAUUCGAAUAAAACACAUGG